AUAUCAUUAAUGAUCUUCUCCCAAUUACUAUUAAUGCAACUACUAAGUUGGAGCUAGCAAACAAAACAUUUAAAGGCACUGAAAAAGAGAAAAACAACCCAAACAAAACCUCCCCAAAAAGUUUCCAAACCCCACCAGGAAGGACACCCAAAUCCCCACACUCUCUCUAUAUUGCAAAAACUUUGAAUUACUCUUUCCUUGAUUUCAACCCAAACCCAUCUCUGGAAGCUCCUAUUCCAAACCCUUCACAAAUUAAGCACCCAUGGUUUAGAAACAAGUUUCAAACUUUUCCAAAUGGGUUUGCACAAAAGACCUUUCUUUCUCUUUUAUCUUUCUCUGCUUUCAUUCAUCACAAUUUUUUUGUUCUUCCCCUAUGUCACAAUUGCUGCAGAUAACACAAACUUGGUGUACAAGGGCUGUGCAAAACAAAAUUUCCCAGACCCAAUUUACUCACAAAACCUCAAAACCCUAUUGUCUUCUCUAGUUUCACAAGCUUCACAGAAAAGUUUCUACACAACCACCAGUGGUGACAGCCAAAAUGCCAUGAUGGGUCUGUAUCAAUGCAGAGGGGACCUCACUCUCCCUGACUGCAACAGCUGUGUGAGCAUGAUCAUAAGUAGGGCUGACAAGCUCUGUGGCCAAGCUAUAGCAGCUAGAAUCCAACUCAGUGGAUGUUACUUGCGUUAUGAGGUUGUUGGGUUCAAACAAGUGCCUAAUACUGAGUUGUUGUACAAGACGUGUGGAUCAACUCAAGCAAGUGAAUCAGGGUUUGAGCAGAAGAGGGACACAGCUUUUGAUAUGGUGGAGAGUGGGGUUAAGAGUGGUGGUAGUGGUGAUGGGGGUUUGUUUUACACAGGGAGCUAUGAGUCAGUGUAUGUGUUGGGGCAGUGUGAGGGUGAUUUGGGCAGUGAUGAUUGUGAGGAUUGUGUGAAGACAGCUUUGGAGAGAGUCAAAGCUGAUUGUGGUGAUUCUAUCUCUGGACAAGAGUAUCUCCACAAGUGCUAUAUUAGCUAUAGCUAUUAUCCAAAUGGUGUCCCCCGCGUAGAGUCAUCGUCAGGAACUGGAAAACAACACACGCAGAGGACAGUAGCCAUUGCAGUUGGAGGUUUGGCGGCCUUUGGAUUUGUUAUUGUUUGUUUGUUGUUUCUUAAGUCGCUGUUGAAGAGAAAAGGUGGUAAGCAUGGAGGCUGAGGGUUUGAUUGCUAGUAUAUCAUUGAGGAGAGGAGAGGGUUGUUGAAGUUUGCGAUGCUUUACAAAGAUGGGUGGACCAGGUGCUUGGUCUAAUUUUUUUGACAUUAGCUUUAGUUUUGACAUGAUAUGAUAUGAGAGAAUAGAGAAAGUAAAGUUAGGCAGAAUUUUGGGAAAUGUGAAGAGAAAAGAUACCUGUCCCCCACAUUACAUAUACAUACUACUAAAUUUAGUUUCAGACUUGCAUUUUCUUUAUGAUGUACAUUCAUAGCCAUAGUAAAGGUGAAUAACAAUAUUUACUUCCCUGCU